AAAUUAAUCUGUAAAGCCCAAGCCUGGGAGAGGGGCUUCAGUGCGCGGGGUAAUUUGCAGACGCUCCCUGCUGGCGGGGACAGCGCGACCUGUCCUUCAGUCCCGGACCUUCAGCCGGUCCUGCCGCGGCAGAUUGGAGAGGUAGUGGAAGCUGAAGUGGUAUCGGCGCAGGACCGGCUGCAGUGGCUGGUGCGGAGGUGGAAACGCCAUGUCCGAGCCGCCCCCGCGGGGUGCUGAGCGCGACAUUUUCCGAGACACGUGGGUGCGGUACCUAGGCUAUGCCAAUGAGGUGGGAGAGGCAUUCCGCUCCCUGGUGCCAGCGGCUGUGGUGUGGUUGAGCUAUGGUGUAUCCAGCUCCUACGUGCUGGCGGAUGCCAUUGACAAGGGCAAGAAGGCAGGAGAUGUACGAAGCCCUGAAGCAGGCCGCAGCACCAGGGUGACUGUGGCUGUGGUGGACACUUUCGUGUGGCAGGCUCUGGCUUCUGUGGCCAUCCCAGGCUUCACUAUCAACCGUGUGUGUGCUGCCUCUCUCUACAUCCUGGGCACUGCCACCCGCUGGCCUCUGUCCAUCCGCAAGUGGACUACCACUGCACUGGGGCUUCUGGUCAUCCCUGUCAUCAUCCACCCCAUUGACAGCACCCAUUGGUCACCUGCUCAUCACUGUCCACUGUCCCACAGAUCAGUGGACUUCCUCCUGGACUCCAGCCUGCGCAAGCUCUACCCUUCAGUGGAGAAGCCCAGCUCCUCCUGAUCCCGCCCUGGUACCUGGUCUGUGAGUUGGCCUACUCCCUGCUCUGGUCCAACUUCCUCCUCUUGCCAGGGGAUGUGGAUGCUGGCUUUCUGGGGUCUGAGGCCCUGGCGUCUGAGUAUAUUUGAGCCCAAUGGAAAGUGAGAGACAAAGGCCUCAAGGAGCAGCAGCUGCAGUAACUCACAGAAAGGGGACACCUGAACCCUAUUUGCUUCCAUGGAAUCUGUGAUACUGAGUGGGAGUGGACCUGUCUUUUGACAAGGAAGUAACAUCCUCCCAUGGAGGAUAAGCAGACUGAGGCCCAAAUAGGGCCAGGAAUACAGCCAAGAUCACUUGGCAAGCUGGGGACCCAGGAGUCCCAGUGGCUUGGCCCUAUGGCAGUAUGGCUGGACGGAGGAGCAGCAGACACACGGAGAAAUGUAGCAGUGCAGUGGCGGGCACCCUCAGGACUGAUUCUCCGGCCAGCCCAUCCCUGGUGCAGGAGCUGCUCGGACCUGCCUGGAAGACAGGACAGCCCCCGGCCCAAUAAAUCCUCAAAAAGUUGA